AUUUCUCUCACUCAAGACGGUCACUUCUCUCCCCAACGGUCUCUACAUUCGCACUUUGAGCGUUUUCUUGUGAUACCCAAGCACCAUCUCUGCACUCGCACUCUUUCGACGGAACAACUUCGAACUCAGCCAACAUGUUUGCCCGCGCUGUUCUGCUGCUCGCUCUUGGCGCCGCCGCCUCCGCGCAACAAUUCGAGGGCUUCCCCAACGGCCUGACCUGCAAGACUGGCAGCGGCGGUACCGGCUCCACCACUAUUACCAAGAUCGAACUCCAGGACGCGAUCGUCGGUCCCCAGGGUGACAAAUACGACGACUCAGCUGCCAAUGUCGCGUCCGGCAAGUGCACUUCGCUCUCUAAAAUCCCUUUCUUCCUAACCGGCGUUACUGGCAAGGACAGCGUCACUGUCGGCUUCGCUUACGACAAGGGCAAAGACACCUACCACUACUGCCUCGCACAGGGAGCCGUUGAUGAGACCGGAUGGCGCUCUGUGUGUACGGAGAACUAGAUAUCGGGAUCCGUUUUGAAAACAAGUUGUAGCUUUUAAGUACAAAUUAACUCCGGGAUGCAUUUUAUUUG